AUGGCCAUCAUCAGCCGCUAUCAUAUUCUCCAUGCGGGACCAGAAGAUUGUGCAAGCAUUGGUUACGGUGUUCCUAUCCAUGUUGGGUAUGGCGUUCCUGAUGGUAGUCUUGUGAGCCUCCUCGGUGUUGUAGGGCCUGCUGCUUAUCUCCCUCCACAAGAGGCAAUACUCAAAAUAGUAGAUAGGAUUGCACUUCAAUCUAUCUAUCUAUCUAUCUAUCUAUUUCAGUCAUCAUUAUCUAUUUUUAUCAUUAUCUAUCUAUCUAUCUAUCUAUAUAUUUCAGUUUUUCAUUAUCUAUCUAUCUAUUUCAGUCAUUAUUAUCUAUCUAUCUAUAUUAUCAUUAUCUAUGUAUUCUUAUCGUUAUCUGUCUACCUAUUUCUGUUUUUCAUUAUCUAUCUAUCUAUCUAUCUAUCUAUCUAUCUAUCUAGGUCUUAUCAUUAUCUUUGUAUCUAUGUACGUAUGUAUGCAUCUAUCUAUCUAUCUAUCUUAGUCUUAUCGUUAUCUGUCUAUCUAUCUAUUUAUUUAUCUAUCUAUUUCAGUUUUUCAUUUUCUAUCUAUCUAUCUAUCUAUCUAUCUAUCUAA